AUGUCCACAAGAAAAAGUGCUAGUUCGCUCCUACCGGGAACAAAACCGACUACAUCCAGUCAUCGUUCUGUUUUGCAGGGAACGAAAAAUUUUGUCUGGAACCGGGAGGAGGUAUCGUCCAACUUGCCGUACCACAAUCACAACUACGAGAUACCGUUCAAUAAACCUCCGAAUGAGGUGAACUUCAUGGGAGGGCUCGGUAGUAAGAAGCCUAACUUUCGCUCCAAAUUACAUCCCCAACGCUUCUCGACCGUGCAGAAGCUGAUGAGAAUGCGUACCUCGAACCGUAUUUUGGAAACGUUGACGGAAGAUCUGCGCAAUGUGAACCUGUGCCGGCAUCGGGGUGAUCAGCGUCGGAAGGCAAAAAAUGUGACCGAAUUCAUACGGAAAAUGACGGACGAAUUGCAGACGGCGGGUAAUAUAGAACAUUCCACACCAUCCGACCAGUCGGACGUGCUACGUUGUACGGUGCGCAAGAAGUUAACCAAUGACGAUUAUCGAGAGAUGAUCAAGCGGUUAGACAAGAUACUGCUGGAGGAUGAUCGUCCAUCAGCGGGCCAGAACGUUUCCUUUCGCGAUUGGGCAAUGCGGGAGCGGUACAACUUUCAGAACCGCAGCAACAUCGAGAUGAUGAAGCGCGAACGGGAAACGCUGGAAUCGGAGUUGUGUUCGUCGGUGGACACACGGUCGCACGAGUACAUUUCGAACGAGGGCCGCCGGGUGACGAAGGUGCGCCGGUCAACGAAAAUCCCGCACGUGGAGGGUCACAUGUACGGUCCGUUUACGCGGCUCCCGGUCGAGGAUCCGCUGCUGGAGAACGAAACGAAGUUUGGCAUUCCGCUGAGCCUCCUGGUACGGUCGUACCGUGAGAUGGACACCAAGAAGGAAGGUGAGCGUAACCUAAUCGAUACCCGCCUAUCUCACAUGAGGAUUCCGUUGUGUCCGAAAAGCAGCGACUCCUCCGAGGACGAGGACCAGAUGGAGGAGGUCAAGAUCCUUUCCUUCCUGCGGACACCCUACUUCCCCAUACCGACGAUAAAGCGACAGAAGAAGCGGCGCAAGGACCGGUUGCGCAGCCGGUGGUUGCAGAAGAACCGGCUCAAGCGUAUCACCAUGCUGCUGUACGAUCGGUCCUUGGAGAAUAUGCGCGCUGGUCGGAGAAAGAAGGGCAAGCACGGUGACGUGGGUGCCAGCUCGUCCCGUGCUUCUAGCAGUGGUCGUUCGCGCACGGAACUCAAGGUGUCCGGGACGAAGAAACCUGCGGACGUGCCGGUUGUGAGUGAGAAACGGCAGCGGUACUAUCGGUUUAUAGAGGACAAAUCGCAACAGUAUCGUCGGAUGUAUGAUGAAAGUUUGCAGCAGCGUAUGACCAGUUUUCAGGAUUUUAAAGCCAGUGAAACGGCAUCAGAUGACAACCGGUCCGAGACAAGUAGGAAGAAGGCAAAGCUACAGGGACUUCGGCUAGAGGAACCGAAACCGGCAGCCGAAAAGUUGGAACUAACAUUUCCACCGAAUCGGUUCAAGAGCCUGUCGAAGAAUGAUACUCGAAAAGGAGCAUUCUAUAUUGAUCCUGAAUUCUACGACAAGAUGCGAGAUUUUAAGCGAUACAAGCAACGGUCGAAAUACUACACCAGCCUGAUGCGUUCCCGUCCAGAUGUCCGCCAACGGUUGCAAGUGAACGCUCCCGAGUUCGAAGAGGAGCAACUUGGCGCAGCCACCAAGUAUUACAGCCGGCUCGCUACCGAAUGGGAUAACUACUACAUUCACGAGCUGCGCUACCGGCCUCGGGUGCGCAAGUUUUGCCCAAAGACGGACAUUCUCAAUAUGCGCGACCAGCGUCGGAAGGUGUUCCUGCAGUACUUCAUCGAGGAGAACCUGCUGCAGCGCCGUGCCCGACAAAGUUUGGAGCGUCAGUAUGCGAACUGGAUUAAAAACUUUUGCAAGCGCAUCCACCCGCUGUUCAAAGUUUGGAAAGAAGAAGCGUACUCGAAGCUGGUCGCAGCCACUGACCAAGAGAAGGAAGCGACACAGGAAUCGGUCCGGCUGCGGGCGUUGCUUCAGAAUCGUCAAAACAGGAUGGAUUCCAUUACCGAACGAAUACUGCUGCUGGAGCAACGGUGGACGAAGGUUAUGCAAAUUAGGAACUACUAUUACUUACUGAUGGAUUCUCAAUGGCGUCUGGAGAAUGACUUCUUCCAUCGAGCACCGGAUGGAUCGUUGUACACGGUGUCAGAAAGCAUCAAGAACUGUAAAUCCAUCUUUAUACGCACCGAGGGCAGCAAUAUUGGAACGGAAAUAGCUUCAUUCUAUCUGGAGAAAACGUUCCCCGAACUGGAACGCUUGCCGGGCUGUGUGCCGGAUGUGGGCCUGCUGCAGCGUGGCUUAACGCAACUAAAUUUGCGAACGAUCGAUUUGAUAAACAAAUACAACCAGAAGCUGAUGGUAUUUAGCAAGAUUGACUACCAUUACAAGGAGGUGUUGGAGCAGUUUCCUCGCUACUUUACCAAUCAUCACGAUCUGCUGAAUCUGUACGGUGCCAAGAUGGAAUCGAUUCAGAGCAAAAACGAUAAACUGCGGACUGAAUUCUACGACUUGUUGGGUGAACCGCUGAAGGUAUCGGUUUACAAUAAAAUCAUGCGCAUCACUACUUCGGCCGUUGGGCAGCUGUAUCUGUUCGUUCGCAAGCUUCAGCAUCGGCAGGUUGAAAUCGUCGAAAUAUCUGCCAAGGAUAAACUGUCCGCCAUACAUCAACACAUAAUGGAUCUUCUUUCCGAGCUGGAUCUUUUACCUCUCGAUGUACUAAAGGAAGCAGAAAAGGAAGCUCGUAAGAAUCGGAAAACACUGUUCAAAGAAGCGAAUGAAGCGUACAAGCGCAAGAUGGUACUGGAUCUGUUACGAAAGCAGCUUCGUUUCCAUGUGCGAAAAUAA